AUCCGCCCCUGAGUAUGUAGGACAAGUGUCACUGCACUUUACCCCAGUUAGCUAUAUAAACACAUACGGUACGCACGCACUGCAGUUCAGCUCGUCGACUCUGUGCAGGGUUAAAGAUGUCCCGGGCAGCAGACCGAUUAAAAGUGGUUUUGAAUCACCUGGAUCGGUCCAACGGAGCUGUCAGAGCUUCCUUCACUUCUGCACAAAAUGUGUCAUAUCACCAUCCUCAAGUCCUACAAUACACUUUUGACACCGGUGUCCUGACUCCAGAACAGAGACUUGCCUAUGAGGAGAAUGGUUUCAUACUCAUCCGAAAAUUGGUAUCGGACCAGGAUAUUGACAGAUUCAGCAAAGAGUUUGAGCGCAUCUGUAAGAGAGAGGUGAAGGUGCCUGGUUUGGUGGUCAUGAGAGAUGUAACCAUUGCUAAAUCAGAGUAUGUUGAAGGUGAGAAGGCUGUGACCAAACUUCAGGACUACCAGGAAGAUCUGGAACUUUUCCGCUACUGCACUUUACCACAGAUCCUGAAGUAUGUGGAAUGUUUCACUGGACCCAACAUUAUGGCCAUGCACACCAUGCUCAUCAACAAACCACCUGACACGGGUAAGAAGACCUCUCGCCAUCCUAUGCACCAGGAUCUACACUACUUCCCCUUCCGCCCUGCAGACCGCAUUGUGUGUUCGUGGACUGCCAUGGAGAAAGUGCAUCGGGGAAAUGGCUGUCUGGUUGUCCUGCCCGGCUCUCAUCAUGGCACUCUGCUGGAACAUGACUACCCAGAAUGGGAGGGUGGAGUAAAUAAGAUGUACCACGGGGUGCGUAACUACGACCCAAACCAUCCCAGAGUGCAUUUAGAGAUGGAGAAAGGAGAUACAGUGUUUUUCCACCCUUUGCUGAUCCAUGGCUCAGGAAUGAACCAAACCGAUGGAUUUCGAAAGGCCAUCUCCUGUCACUACGCCAGCUCUGACUGCUAUUACAUUGAUGUGAAAGGAACAACUCAGGAGAACAUCAGCAAUGAAGUGAAAGAGCUUGCAGCCAAGAAGUAUGGAGUUGAUGAUACGGUCACCUUUCAGGACACCUGGGCUUUGCGGGGACGUCUGGUCCAAGGAGACAGAACAUCAAUGUGAUCGCCAGUGCUCAUCUGUCUGUUAGAGAGAGGAUGGCUUCACAACAGGAAUAAUUAACAGCACACAGCUGUUUGUUAAUUAUCUGACAAUUUCCUUAAAAACUGAUAAUUAUCCUUUCACUAAAAGUACAAAGUUUGGCCAGCAGGUGGCACUGUAGGGAAUAAAUCAUGGAUCACA